AUGCCGAAAUCAACCGAAACGAAAAGCCAUGAAGGGGACCACGUCCUCGAGGAAACUCCAUCCAAAGCCAUACCAGACGACACCGUACCUUCCGGAGAGGCUGAUAUCCAAAAAGAGUCACAAAAGGAACGUCUAAUAUACUCGGUUAUCAGUCUACUCCGGGAUGUCAAACAGACCCUCAAGCCCACGUUAAACGACGAUGAUAUCCAGAACCUUAGUCUCAAAGUUGAAGAGCUUGACAUCACCGAUCACGGAGACACAUCGACGUGGUCUUUCUUCGAGCCGCUUUCUCGUGACGAUCUGCAAAAUCAUCCGAUUGCGGCGGACUGCCUGUGUACGAUGAUCGCGUGGCAAUCCGCCGGCGCAAAAAGAAUCGCUAUCCCCGAAGGACAUGGGAAAACCCUUGCAUCACUCACGGGAUGGCGACAUCAAGAAGGAUUUACGGAAAGGGUGUUCAAAGACGACUAUUGGGACUCGACUUUCUCUGGGGUAUACUCUAGAUUCUGCGCUACAGGUGUAUGGGAGUCAAGGGGACCAGGGGAGAAGGCGCCUCACGUUAUUUUACUCCUGAAGAAUGACCUGGUCAAGGAGGACAAACUACUACGGGGGGAAUUGUUGAUAAUCCUGGCCGCUAUGGAAACCCGACUCACACAUGAUAUGUUCAAGAAGCAUCUGGUCAUUCCGGUCACUGUUCUAUCUUUCAUGGGCCAGCAUGGUCGGAUUAUCAAAGCCUAUCACGAUGGCGAAAAUCUUAUUCUUCGCAAAAGUAAACUCUUAGAAUUCUUCACGGCUGACACUGCCCCUAUCGACCUCUUUGUCCGACACGCAUCUAGCAAGCGAGUGGGAAACACCAAACAAUUGCCCACAAUGGUGAAAGACCAGCAAGAAGCGGUCAGCCAAAGCCGACCUGAAUAUCAACCCGACCCCGGCCUCAAAGACAGUCUCUAG